UUGACACAAGACGUUCAUUCAAAUCAGAUGAUCCUGGGAAUUGGCUUGCAGCCCAUGAGGUCGGUUUCACGUCACCCACGCUCAUAAAGAAUACGACGACGGCCCGGCAAGAAUCAGCGGCGAGAGAAUUGCGGAGAGCGUACACGUGUGCUAAGGGACUACCUGACUUGUUGUGAACAGUGUCCACAGAAACGUUUCUGCAAGAUCCUCCAACAGUACUAGUCGCAUUGCACUAUCACCUGGGAAUCGCUCAUUCAUCUCUGUUGUAGUAAAUAAAUAUCGGGUCUACACGACAUUGACAAUGAUGGCUGGAACAGUUCCUGUUGACUCUCUUCAGAUCAAUAUUCUUGUCGAUAACUCCAUUGAAUGGAUGACAGCUUUGCCCCCACCAUUUCUUAAUGAAGUCCCGCAGCAGCUUAGGAACAACCCUCCCAUAGAUGAAAAAUUGACUGGACUACCAUUCAUUGAUCUAGAGAAUUACUGUUGUGGGGCACAUGGCUUAUCAUUCCUUAUCACCACAACCCACGGUGACCAGCGUCAUACCAUUCUCUUUGACGCUGGACCCGAGUCCAAGUCGAUCGAUCGAAACAUUAAAGCAUUAAAGAUUGAUCCUAAAGCCAUAGAAAGAAUCGUUCUUUCACAUUGGCAUGCAGAUCACUCUGGGGGAAUUCUGACUGCGCUCCAACUGAUCCGCGAGGCUCAAGAGGGAGUUUCCAAUCCCCUCCCCGUAGACCUUCAUCCAAAGCGCCCCAUUGCACGCGGGAUCGCUCCUGCCCCUUCAUUCAAGCCCAUCGCUCGGUUGCCCGCUGAUCCUACUCUUGAAGAGAUCAAGGAAGCAGGAGGUGAACCUGUUUUGAAUGCAGAAGGCCAUGCAAUUUGCGAUGGGCAGGUAUGGGUCAGCGGAGAAAUUCAAAGAGUAACCGACUUUGAGACGGGGCUCGUGGGUGGAAUCGAAUGGGUGGAUGGGUCAUGGCAAAGGGAACCAGGACAACUUGUCAUGGAUGAACGAUACGCAGUCGUUGACGUACGGGGAAAGGGACUGGUCAUUUUCUCUUCUUGCUCACAUGCUGGCAUUGUGAACGUUCUGCAUUCCGCAUCUAAAACCUUUCCUGGAAGGCCAAUUCACAUGAUUUUAGGUGGUCUCCAUCUAGCAGGACCCGAGUUGGCAUAUCGUAUCGAACCAACAGUGGAAGCCAUUGCCUCUUACAAACCGGAUUACGUUGUCCCGCUUCAUUGCACUGGCUUCGAUGCAAAGGUGAAGUUAAGAGAGGCUUUAGGUGAUAAAAUCGUUCCUGGUGGUGUUGGAACAGGAGUAUUCAUUGUCGCGGUGAAGGAUGAUGAGUCGGAAGAGAACAGGAACACGAGGAGUGGGUAGGCAGGUCAAUGAUGUCAAGAAUUUGCAUUAGUUUUUCAGGCAGAAGGUCUACUAGUAUGCUCAGGAAGUGUCAUACAUGCGGCAAUUGAUAUCGAUG